AUGACCCUGCGAGGAGCAGCUCAAGACUGGUUCCACACUCUACCGUCCGCGUCGAUAGGAAACUUCAAGGAGUUGGCCCUCAUCUUCACAAAGGAGUAUACCUCCUACAAGACGGUCAGAAAGCAUGCGGACCAUCUAUUCAACCUGCGCAAGAAGCCAGAUGAAUCUCUACGAGACUACCUAAGACGGUUUAAAGCUGAAAAGGCUAACAUCAUAGGAUGCAAUGACCAAGUUGCAUCCUCAGCUUUCAAGAAGGGCUUGCCAACCGAGCAUGAGCUAUACCGGGAGCUGGCCAUAACACCAAGUCAAACCUUGGCAGAAGUGUUCGCGACGGCAGAACGCUACGCACUUUGGGACGAUGAUCGAAUCGCCGCAAAGAAAGCCAGCAAGCAAGUUGAUCACCCGACGAAGCAGGCAAGCCAAAAGAGCAACCAGUUCGAGCAAAGAGCCCGAGAUAAGCGCAGAUCGCGGCCCCGAGAGGGAAGCUCAGAAGUAGGGACCUUCACUGAGUUCGCUAUCCCAAUUCAUCAGAUCCUGGCUCAAGUGAAGGACAAGCCGUGGGUGAGGAGACCGCCACCCAUGAAGGGAGACCCCUCUAAGAGGGACACCAGUAAAUCCUGCGCAUUCCACGGGGAGCACGGACAUUACACCAACAACUGCAAUGCUUGGAAAAGGCAUCUUGAGGAGCUGGUCAGAGAAGGUCAUUGCACAGAAUUCGUUGCAAAGAGGGCCAUUCAGCAGAUCGAGGAUCGUGAUGCGGCUGCCAAGGAGCCUCCCCAAAAGGUCAUUCGAAUCAACACCAUUCUAGCUGACUCCCGGGAGUCCGGGCUGACCACCAAGGAGCGCAAGAGGAAGAUCGCGCAGGCGACUUAUGUCUCCCAAGUCACAACAGGAGUACCAGUCAUUGUGGAUACACCCAUCAUUGGUUUCCAGAAGAAGGACUUGAUCGGGCUUGACCUGCCGCAUAAUGACGCGCUAGUCAUCUGCAUUCAGAUUGAACAAGCUGUGAUCGAGCGAAUUCAUGUGGAUGAGGGCAGCGCAGCUAACAUCCUGCAACUAUCUGUCAUCCAAUAG